AUGAAAACUUGGUUUUGGAUUUGCUGGUUUUUAAUUUUGAAAUGUGUUUGUGCAGAGCAACGCAGUUAUCGAAUAAUCAUCGAAGAUAUCCGAGUUAGGAUUUUCGACACAGAAACAGUGGACAAGUUUGGUUGUCAGGUCAAACAAAUAAACAAUCGCAGCUAUGUAUAUUGUCAAGUGCUUUUAAAUUUUGAUGUUGCCCAAGUGUUCGUGCGUACUACCUUGGAUUUAACAAGGCCCAAUAAUGGUCAACCUAUGAAGAUCUACGAUGCUCGAUUAAACGGAUGCCUUUUCGUGGAAAGUGUGCACAAAAACCGGGUUUUUAAUAUAUAUGCGAAGAGAAUAAAACAAUUUUCCAACUUUAAAUGUCCCCUUAAAGCGCACUAUAAUUACACUCUGGAUAAACUUUAUUUAGACGAAAAGGAACUUCCAUCGUUCGUGCCUAUUGGAAAAUACCGAGCCCAAAAUGAAUUUUAUUUAAACCAAAGUUUUAUUAUAGUUCGUCUCACAUCUUACGCAAAAGUUAUAUCAACUCCUUAA